UAACUUCGAUUGCACUUUUUUUAUAGGUUUUAAGUUUUGACUAAUGUUGUAUUAGCUGGUAAUACAUCUAAAUGCGUGUUACGAAACGUAAGCUUCCCGCGCGUUAUAUGAAACCAUAACAAUAAACAAAACUAUUGCGGUAACUUUUGCAAAUAGCUUUAAAAUUUAUUAUCAGUGUAUUAUUAUAUAGAUUAUUGAUUAUUUGUACUAUUGUGAUGGAUAACCGGAAGAAAAAAAGAUCUGAAAAUUGGAGUAUUGAGGAAAAAGUAAGUAAACAAAAAAUCCGUCAUAUAGUUUUUAAUUUGUUAAAGAUAAUACAUGGAUUUCAAGCUAAACGACAUUUAAAAUGUUAUAGGAUGUACUACGCGAAUUAAUUGCACAAUCCCGCCAUAUUAUAGAGAACAAAAAUACAAAAGCUUCUUCCAACAAGAAAAAGACUGAAGAAUGGUAAAACAUAGCACAGAGGUAUUUCGUUUUUUUUUUAUAAUUAUAAUAUUAUUAUAAUCAGUUAUUACCAAGCAAAUUAACAAAGUUUGUUAAAUAUUUUCAGGAUUAAUGUACUCAUGGGAAAGAAUAGGUCUGAUGGUGAUGUUAAAUUAGCGUGGAAAAGAAUGAAGCUUGCUGCUAAAGCUAAUUUGUCCACCCAUAGAAAUCACCAAAUGCAGACAGGGGGUGGUGAAAAGCCUAAGUCACCUUCGCAAGAAGAUCUAGCGAUUAUGGCUAUUGCUCCACAUGAUUUUAUUGUGGAAUUCAAUAACUAUGACAGUGAUGCUAACAAAACAGCUGUUCAAUUACAACCCCUAGAAGUUAAGGAAGUAAUAGCUGGAUCUAGUAGUGCUUUUACUCGUUCAAACAUGCCCCUUGAAUACAAUGAUGUGGUAGAAGUGAUAAUGGACCAAGAUGCCCCAAAUGAAAAUGUGACGACUGCCGUUACUACUGACGAAAAAAAAAACAACAUUCAUAAUAAAAAGGGCCCUCAAAAUAUAAAAGUAGCAACACAAGAAAAAAUAUUAGAGAGCAACACUCAAUUAAAAAAAUAACAACUGGAAAUGCUAGCAGAAGAACAUGAAUACAACAUUAAAAUUGCAAAAUAAAAAAUAAAAAAACUAGAGC